UUCUUCGCUCCCGACCUCAGUCGGCAAAGAAACACUGAAGAGAGAACAUCGCACGCAUAAUUUUAUCUUGUGUUAUAAACAGUAUACCUUAUCUGUGUGAUUUUCGCCAUACCUUAGAUUUCUAUAUUUUUUCCUUACGUAGCGGCAUCACAUUUUUCUUUGAGGCGCUGCACACGUGGGAUGGGCCGGAGCGAUUGGCGCCCUUUCAUCUACGGGGGCGUAUCAGCCUGUGUAGCAGAAUUCGGAACCUUUCCAAUUGAUACGACCAAAACAAGAUUACAAAUUCAGGGUGGAAAAUGUGACGCUGGUGAAGUUGUAGCCAAAAGAUAUCGGGGUAUGCUUCAUGCCCUCCUCAAGAUAUCCAGUGAGGAGGGAGUUCGUGCAUUAUACUUUGGAAUUGCACCCGCUGUCCUCCGACAAGCUACUUAUGGCACAAUCAAAUUCGGUAUUUAUUACACCCUCAAGCAGAUGAUAGUUCAGAAUCCUGAUGAAGAAAGAUUGGGAAUCAAUGUAUUUUGUGCAGUCACGGCAGGCGUGGUCUCCAGCGCCAUGGCUAAUCCCACAGAUGUGCUUAAAGUGCGACUGCAGAGUGGCCGUACCGACUUUAAAGAAAAAAGCCUCUUGCAGGCAUUCGUUAGUAUAUAUAACCAAGAAGGUAUCCAGGGUCUGUGGCGAGGUGUGUGUCCAACAGCUCAAAGAGCAGGCGUGAUAGUUGGUGUGGAGUUACCGAUUUACGAUAUGUGUAAACAUUACUUCAUUAAAAUGAAUAUAUUGCCUGACAAUGCUACGAAUCAUUUCUUGUCUAGCUUCAUAUCCAGCCUUGGUGGUGCAGUUGCAUCGACCCCAUUAGAUGUUGUUCGGACUCGAUUAAUGAAUCAAAGGAGGCUUAAAUCUUCCCCAGCAGCCUUAAGUGGAAAUGGAGCUGUAUGCACCUCAAGCAUAUACAACAGUACUGUGGACUGUUUAGUACAGACUGUGAAGUCAGAGGGACCUUUGGCGUUAUACAAGGGUUUCAUCCCUACUUGGCUGAGACUGGGGCCAUGGAACAUAAUCUUCUUUGUCACCUUCGAACAAUUGAAGAAGUUCUAUUAGGUGUUGGAGAAUUAGGGAAAGCUCAAAUGCCAGUGAAAAGGAGUUCCUGUAACAUUUCAGAAGGUUUAUUUAAUGACCUAAAGAAGAUCUUCGUGUAUUAAAAUAUUCACUGCUGCUCGAUAUUUGUAAUUUAAUCCUGCAAAAAUAAAAAAUCUCGGGAGGGUCAGUGUACUUUCCAAAAUAAAGCUGUAUUAUCAAAACAGCAUUGUGCCCUUUUUAUAUUUUGUAUCUAUUACUGUGUAAUAAAAGCAAAAUUGGGAUUGUGUAUGAUCCUUCAAAUUUUGUAGCUAUCUGUUGUAUAUCUUAGGAAAUUUGUAAAUCCUGAGACAAUCUGUUAAGAAUUAUAAAUGAAAUGUCUUGUGCAAGUCUGUUUUGCACAACAGACUUGAUGGUUUGAAUUUUUUUUUAAACACUUGUAUUAAAUUAGUACAUAACAGAUACAACAAGCGUAAUAUUCCAUCUUCGUAGGGUGCUGAUAUUGUCAAAUAUAAUAGAUUUGCGUAUGCUAAUUAUAUCUGGUAUUCCUUAGUAUUGCAUUCCACAGUCUUGCAAUGGGAUGCAUGCAUAAUCUUUUGUAAAGUUUUUCUUACCAGUGGUGUAUAUAUUUUUUUCUUUGGAAGAUCAAGUGUUUUGAAAGAUAUAGUAACCAAAGAUUAUGUAAUCAGAGUAUCAGGGCAUUGGAGAUGUGCGUCAAACGUGAGUAAACUGAUUUUUGUGUGAUUUUUGUUUGCAGUAUUACUUACUAAAUUGAUAACACAAAGUCAGCCUCAUGUGAAAUGCACCUUUGCCAUGUUUGUAACUGCAGUCAUCUUAUCUGUUGAAGUGUAACGCUAAAGUUCUUUAUUUUUGUAGUGCGCAUGACACUGAAUGGUAACUUACAAUAGUUAGGAAAUCAUUUUGUUAAUUAUUAGUGUUAUUUGUUUUAUACAGAUAGUAUAAAAUUUCAUGCAAAGUUUUUAAAUUUUGUAAUUAUUAUUUUUAUAGAAAUACAAUACAGUACGUACUUGUUUUGUUUUGAAAAGUAUGAAUGUGUAUAUUGUGGAGCAUGAGAAUAACUUAUUCUUCCAAAUAAAAGUUUUUUGUAA